GACCUCUCGUGUCGGGAGGCACGGCGAGCCGAAGAAAGACCCUUUAGCCACGUAAGUAGCUUGUUCAUACGUGGUUGAAGGGAGACAAUGCCUUGCUGAAAGGGAUCGGCUCGGCCAUCCCUUUCCUCUCCACUCUUACCUCUAGGAAUAAAGAGCGGCGCCUGCAAGAUUGCAUUGAAGUGGCUGCAUCGCCUCCCUCCUUUUCUCUGCAUCUCAGGACUCUGGGGAGGGGGCUAAGAAGAUCGCAGAGAGGGUGAUUUUUUUCUUCUUUCCCUGCAGCGCUUUCUUUCUCUCUCUCCUUUUUUUUUGGAGGGGGGGUCCUUUGUGGUCUUUCCACCCCCCCCUUUUUUUUUGCUUGCAUGUGCAGCAACUGCACUCGAACCCUCCGGGGGAGCAACGGAGAAAGACCGGACGUCUCCAGGCCGAGGAUGGAAAGCUAAAGAGCCAUCGAUUUCUCCUUGUCCUCGGUUGCACUUUUUUUCUCCCCCCCGUCUGAUCAAAGGAAGCCCCUGAUCAACGCGACCCCAUUCGAGCAGCUGCAGCUCGCUCGCUCGCUCUCUCUCCCGGAGCUUUUGCGCACUUCGGGAUCCUGGUUGAAAAGGAUUUAGUUUGGGAAACGGUUUUUUUUUUCCUCCCCCUUCUUUUUCUUUCCGCCGAAAAUCAGGAGGCUCGGUUCGAAGGAAUCCGGAUCGGAUCAAAGUAGCAGCGGGCUUUCCCUCCACCCCCCCUCCUGCACCGUUAAAAAGGGGGAGCUUCUCGGCCAUCCGCGGAAGUUAAAAUACUCCGCUGCUAUUUAUUUUUUUUUUUUGUUUAAUUUAUUGAUUUGUCUUUGGUGGCUUCUCUGAAUAAGAGUCCUUUUCCACGAGGGGGUAAGAAGAAAAAAAAAGAGAGGACCAGACGCCCUCUACAGUUUAAAUCAGGUUAUUAAAAGAAAACCUAUUGAAAAAGCCAGAAAGGAAAGAAAGAAAGAAAGAAAAAAACCCCUCGUUCAAAUAAUAAACCCGUGGGAAGUUUUCCACGCGAGCGACUGGGAAUCGGAGGCUUGAUAUAAAACGAACCCCCCCACCGGUCCUUCGAAACGCCUUUCCCAGAUGUUUGGAUUUUAAACCCCGCGGCGUUUCCUUGCGGGGUGGGGGUGGGGGGAGAGGGGCCUCCGCUUUUGCUCAUUUCGCUACUUUGCGGGACUUGGCCGCUGUUUUGAGCUACGAAGGCCGGCAACGUUCGAAUCGAACGCGGUGGAGACGAACGUUCGGUUAACAAAGAUCGGCAACGUUCGAAUCGAACGCGGCGGAGACGAACGUUCGAAUCGAACGUUCGAUUGAUCCCAUUCAUAUUCUUGUGCUGUUUUGCGCUGGAAAAACCGGGACUGUUCGAUCCUACAGAAACCUGCCGCCGGAGCCCUCUUUCUUCUUCUUUACAACACAGCAGCAAAAAGGGCAUUUUUUUUUUGCUGAUAAAACCCCAAAGAAUUGUGAGUGAGUGAGUGAGAGAAAGGCAAAGAAAGGAAAGAAAUUGGGGAAGGGGAUUUCCCGGGAGGGUUUCUUCUCCAUCCCCAUGAACAUACAAAGGUCAACCCCAAUCACGAUAGCGCGGUAUGGAAGACCUCGGAACAAAACUCAGGAUUUCGACGAGCUCUCGACUAUAAGACAGACUGAAGCCAGCAGCCAGAGUUUCAGCCCCAACCUCGGCUCGCCGAGCCCGCCGGAGACGCCGAACUUGUCGCAUUGCGUUUCCUGCAUCGGGAAAUACUUAUUGCUGGAGCCUCUGGAAGGAGACCACAUUUUCCGGGCCCUGCAUCUGCACAGCGAGGAGGAGCUGCUUUGCAAGGUGUUCGAUAUUGGCUGCUACCAAGAAUUACUGGCACCAUGUUUUUGCCUGCUUCCUCACGACAACAUCAACCAAAUCACCGAAGUCAUUCUUGGGGAGACGAAGGCCUACGUGUUCUUUGAGCGGAGUUACGGGGACAUGCACUCCUUUGUUCGCACCUGCAAGAAGCUGAAGGAGGAAGAGGCAGCCAAGCUGUUCUACCAGAUAGCCUCUGCGGUAGCGCACUGUCACGACGGCGGGCUCGUCCUGAGGGAUCUCAAGCUGCGGAAAUUCAUUUUCAAGGAUGAAGAAAGGUCUCGAGUAAAACUGGAGAGCCUUGAAGAUGCUUACAUAUUGCGAGGGAAUGACGACUCCCUCUCUGACAAGCACGGGUGUCCAGCCUACGUGAGCCCAGAAAUCCUGAACACAAACGGCAGCUACUCCGGCAAAGCAGCGGAUGUGUGGAGUCUAGGGGUCAUGCUGUACACCAUGCUCGUCGGACGCUAUCCGUUUCAUGACAUUGAACCGAGUUCUCUCUUCAGUAAAAUCCGCCGUGGGCAGUUCAGCAUUCCAGAGACUUUGUCCCCCAAGGCCAAAUGCCUUAUCCGUAGCAUCCUGCGCCGAGAGCCCACGGAGAGGCUGACCUCGCAGGAAAUUCUGGACCACCCUUGGUUUUCCACAGAUUUUAACAUAUCGAAUUCGGGAUAUGGUGCUAAGGAAGUAACGGAUCAGCUGGUGCCUGACGUUAACAUGGAAGAGGAUUCCGAUCCAUUCUUUAACUAAGCGUCAGGACUGGUGUGGGUUAAUGGUCCAGAAAGGACAACGUUGAAGGGAGACCUUUCUGAAAAUGCAGAAUUAUAUCUCUGUCUCAUCCUGGCUUGAUAGCGGGGGAGAAAAAAAGGACCCACUUGGAGGAAGCUUUUGUUUUGAUUUUAUUUUCAGGCUGGAGAAGGAAUGCUCAAGAACCAAUGUCGCCCGUGAACGGUUAAACAGGAGGAAUUGUUGCUAUCAAGUUAGACUGACAUCGGGGGCGGGGGGGGGAGGAGGAGGAGGAAGCAGCAGUAGCACUCUCGUCUUUAUGGAGCCAAGGACACCGCACACCCGAGGUUUCCGAUGCAGCCACCACUACGCCACUCCUGAUUCCAUUUCAUUCAGAACACUUAGGAUUCCCAGUGGACAGGAAAGUCUUGCAUUUUGGCAUCGCACUGUUAAGAUAUUUAACUUCAGCCAUUAUUCAGGGAAGGUACAAUUAGCUAUUAUUUUGUUCCUUUGUUUCCUGUUUUCAGAAUCAGAUGUCGCCAGUGGGCUUUUCGCCUUCAGGAGGGGGCGGGUGGGACGCGCACAAAGGAAGAUACGAGAAGCGAAUGCUAAGCAAGGUUUUGGGACAUGCCUCUGGAUUCCGAGUUUUAAAUUGACAGAUUAAAGUUAACGGUUUUUUUUUUGGAGAGUAGUAACGAUGUUUGGAAUGUUUUAUUUCUUUGGAGGGAGAAAUUCUCUCUCGAUCGGUUGUAUUCAGACGUUCUCCUCGUCCGAACCUACAGAAGGCUCUUUGAUCUAGUGAGGGCUUCUCUGCGUGACAAACAAGUGUGCUGAUGGAGCAGUCCCUCUCCACUGGCCGCUGGAAGGGGAUACUGUUGAAGAAAUUACACAAGAAACUAUACAGUAAAAUAAAUCUGUAGCGAUGACGUUCCCCACCUUCUGUCGAUAGCAGUGUCCACUGGAUCAAAGAGCUUUCGGUAAGCGGAGUAGAUUCAGUUGAAUUACAAGCUGUUGGUUUUGGUGGGCUUGUUUUGGGAUUUUUAUUGCAGGGAGCCAGAAAUCAGACUUUUUCACCAUGCUAGCAAAAGACUCUAGAAUUGUCUAGGUUUUUCUUUUUUUCCAAAGACUGUUGAAAAACUGGCUUUCACCUUGAUCCCCACCGCACAUCAAGUUGACCUGGAGGGGUGAGAAAAGGGUCUCCUUUGGAUUUAUUCAAAGAAAGAAACAAAUUUGAUCUUAAAGCCAGUCAAGUCUCUACAUGAGCUGAAUAUGAACAGAAGGUGGAUCUUUCUGAAGUAAGAAGCAUAUGCCCGCCUACUCCGGCCCCAAAUACCUUGGGAAGGCAGUGACUUAUGUUCUCUUGCUUUUUCAUUUUUGACUUGCAGACAAGGAUGCUCUCUUAUUUUUCUGUUUAUUCACCUGUUAAUAAGCUGGACAUUGCUGGGACACAGACCUGUCUCCUGAAGAGUACAUUGUAAUAUGCACCUUUUUUUUAAUUGUCAAGAUUUUAUUUAUUGAUGAAUCUGUCACAGUUGUGAUGAAUUUAAGCCAGUACUUCAAUUACGGGUUGACUUGGGGGUGACAUGUUACAUGCUGUAGUUAACAAACUUGUAUUUCUCUUCAGGUAUUCCUGUCCCUGACUGAUAUAUUUUAAUCCCCCCCAC